GCUACGCUUUUCCCCCCCGGAUGAAUUCAGACGUUUAUCCAGCCUCUGGUGCAAAGUCAUCUUCCUCGCCAGCAGACAGCAGCAAGCAGGGGACAUAAAGCGGGACAGCAGCGGCUACACGCUUAGCUUUAGCCUCAUGCCACCGAGUCUCGGUGAAGGACGAAGCCUGGCGGGGAUGUUUGUCACACCAGCGUAAAACAAUAAGGAGGAACUGUUUUUCAUCUCGACUGACGCGGAGACGGACAACAGUUCAGUUCAUGGGCCGAAACCUUUGCUCUUAUUAAGCCUCUGUAAAGAGUUGCUUGGACUGUGACCUGUUCACAGUAAAAAUGGCCAUCGUCAGACAAUUUGGACUGCUGGUGUGGAAAAAUUAUCUUCAGCAGAAACGUCAGAUCCUGGUGACCCUGGUGGAGAUACUUCUUCCCUUGCUUUUUUCUGGCAUCCUCAUUGCGCUUCGCCAGAAGGUGGACUCUAAAGUUUUCCCAAAUGCCACCAUCUAUGAAAGCUUUGAUGUUGACAGUUUCCAGAGAUUUUCCAACUUGCAAAAGUUACAGUUGGUCUAUGUGCCUGGUAACUCCAGCGUGGUGCGACAAGUGGCGUAUGAUGUGCAGAGAAUGCUUUCACUUUCCUCAGUGCGUGGCUUUGAGACAGAGGAGAAGUUUGAGAACUUUGUGAGGAAUGACCCCAUGUCACACAACGUGCUUGCUGCCGUGGUGUUUGAGCACUCCUUCUCUCACGAUGAUGAAGCUCUACCUCUGAAGGUGAGCUACCACCUGCGCUUCACCUUCACUCCACGCAACGCCCCGGCCACAGAAAAGUCUGAACUGAACCCGAACAAUGACUUCGACUGGCACACACUCAGCCUCUUUCCUCUUUUCCAACUGCCAGGCCCAAGGGAGCAGUAUGAAAGGGAGGGCGGCACACCCGGUUAUUUCAGAGAGGGGUUUUUGGCCGUGCAGCAUGCCGUUGAUCGAGCCAUCAUGACCGCCUACAACAGAACUGCUGCUUGGAGUCUGCUGCCACAGACCAGAGUGGUCCUGUCCCGGUUUCCGUACCCUGCUUUCAUAUACGACGUCUUCAUCCUGGCCAUCCAGAACCAGCUGCCCCUCCUCCUGGUGCUCAGCUUCACCUACGUCUCCCUCAACAUCGUCAGAGCUGUGGUGCAGGAAAAGGAACGGAAGCUCAAGGAGUACAUGAGGAUGAUGGGUCUCAGUAACUGGCUCCACUGGAGUGCUUGGUUCCUGAUGUUCUUCCUCUUCCUUUCUAUUUCCGUUUUUUUGGUUACCCUGCUUCUCUGUAUCCAGGUGAGCCCUAACGGAGCAGUGCUGUCCCGAAGCGACCCAACGCUGGUCUUCGUCUUCCUGCUCGUCUUCACUGUCGCCACCAUCAACUUCAGCUUCAUGAUCAGCGCCUUCUUCUCACGAGCUAAUGUGGCAGCAGCAGCUGGUGGUUUCAUCUACUUCCUCAGCUACCUGCCUUAUUUGUUCCUGUGGCCUCGCUACGACCUACUGAGCCAUGCCCAAAAGGUGUCCGCAUGCCUCAUCUCCAACGUUGCCAUGGCAAUGGGAGCUCAGCUUAUCGGAAUGUUUGAAGGCAAAGGUACGGGAAUCCAGUGGUCCAACUUGUUUGACUCGGUGACGGUGGAUGAUGAUUUCUCCUUGGCCCAGGUCCUCAGCUUGCUGCUGUUUGACUCGGUGCUCUACGGGCUGGUGGCCUGGUACAUGGAGGCGGUUUUUCCUGGGGAGUACGGCGUGCCUCUACCAUCGUACUUCUUUUUACUGCCUUCGUACUGGUGCAGCACUCCUCGUGUGGCUUUGCUGAAGGAGAAGGAGGAGGAGGAAGAUGCAGAAAAGGCUCUGAAAGGAGAGUUCAUGGAGGAGGAGCCUGCUGGAGUGGUUUCUGGAAUAAAGAUUAAACACCUCACCAAGGAGUUUAAAGUAGGCAGCAAGACACGACAGGCUGUACAAGAUCUGACGCUGAACAUGUUCGAGGGACAAAUCACCGUGGUGCUAGGACACAACGGCGCUGGGAAGACCACAACUCUGUCCAUGCUCACAGGUCUCUUCCCCCCCACCAGCGGCAUGGCCUACAUCAACGGUUACGACAUCUGUCAGGACAUGGCCCUGAUCCGACGCAGCCUGGGACUCUGCCCGCAGCACGACGUGCUGUUUGAUAACCUCACAGUGAGAGAACACCUGCUCUUCUAUGCACAGCUAAAAGGAUACCCCAAGGAGAAGAUAUCUGAUGAGGUGGAUAGGAUCCUCCACAUCCUGAACCUAGAGGACAAGCAAAAGGCUCGCUCCAAGACCCUCUCUGGUGGCAUGAAGAGAAAACUUUCUAUUGGCAUCGCCCUCAUCGGUGACUCCAAGGUGGUCAUGUUGGACGAGCCCACGUCGGGGAUGGAUCCGUCAGCUCGCCGAGCCACCUGGGAUCUGCUGCAGGGAGAAAAGCUCAGUCGCACCAUCCUGCUCACCACCCACUUCAUGGACGAGGCCGACCUGCUCGGUGAUCGAAUCGCCAUCAUGGCGGGAGGCGAGCUGCAGUGCUGCGGCUCACCGCUCUUCCUCAAGAACAAAUAUGGCGCCGGCUACCACAUGGUGAUUGUUAAGGACGCCCUCUGCAACGUCUCUGAGAUCAGCCGCCUUGUCCACCUGUACGUUCCUAAUGCUACGCUGGAGAGCAGCGCCGGAGCAGAACUCUCCUACAUCCUACCCAAAGAAAGCACCAGCAGGUUCGAGCUGCUGUUUGCGGAGUUGGAGAUGAACAAAGAGGAGCUGGGCAUCGCCAGCUACGGCGCCUCGGUGACCACCAUGGAGGAGGUUUUCCUCAGAGUUGGGAAGCUGGUGGACUCUAGUUUGGACAUUCAGGCCAUCCAGCUGCCAGCUCUGCAGUACCAACACGAGAGACGCUCACAUGACUGGACGAUGGAUGACGCCAGCAGCAUCAGCGCUCUGACCGACGUCACCGAUUUCACAGACAGCGGCACGCUCAUCUCAGAUGAUUGCUCCAACAUCAAGCUGAACACGGGGAUGAGACUACACCUGCAGCAGUUCUACGCCAUGUUCUUAAAGAGGGCGCUGUACAGCUGGAGAAACUGGAAGGUGAUGGUGGCUCAGUUCCUCGUUCCUCUAAUCUUCACCGUCAUGGCCAUAGUUGUAGCGCGGACCCUCCCCAACAGCCGGAACGACCCUCAGCUGAGGCUGGACCUCAGUCGUUAUGGUCCCACCAGGGUCCCUGUGGCCCUGCAGUCGAGCUCGGGGCCCCUUGCUUCAGCCUUGGCAGAACUGUACAGCUCACAGCUAUCGCCUCAGCUCGGUCAGCUCAUCAAUAUCACAGACUUCACAGAUUACGUCCUAACCCAGACAGAGGAGGAAGGUGGCAGCUUUAAUGAGCGCUGCGUGGUCGGGGCUGCCUUCCACGGCAGGACCAGUCGGUUCUCAGAAGUAACGGCCUACUUCAACAAUCAGGGCUACCACACAUCCGCCACAGCCCUCAUGAUGGUGGACAACGCACUGUUCAAACUUAUAGCCGGGCCUAACGCCUCCAUAGAAACAGGAAACUUCCCCAUGCCUCGAAAUCUAUCCGAGUCUGCACGGAGCCAGAUCACAGAGGGAAGAACAGGGUUCGCCAUUGCCAUCAACCUGAUGUACGGUAUGGCCUCUCUGUCGAGCACCUUUGCCCUGCUGCUAGUUACCGAGUCCUCCAUCAAGUCUAAGCACGUGCAGAAGGUCAGCGGCGUCUACCUUUCCAACUUCUGGCUGUCGGCCCUUUUGUGGGACCUGGUGAACUUUAUGCUGCCCUGUCUCCUCAUGCUGGUGGUAUUCCGUGCGUUUGGAGUCGAUGCAUUUGUUGAGAAUAACCACCUAGUGGACGUGCUGCUGAUGCUCCUGCUCUACGGCUGGGCUGUGGUGCCUCUCAUGUACCUGCUCAGCUUCUUCUUCUCCACUGCUGCCUCUGCCUACACACGACUCACCAUCUUUAAUGUGAUUUCCGGUACUGCCACCUUCCUGGCCGUCACUAUCAUGACAAUCCCAGCUUUGCACCUGGAUCACUUGGCUCAUUUACUGGAUAAAGUGUUCCUGAUCUUUCCAAACUACUGCCUCGGCAUGUGUGUCAGCCAGUUCUACCAGAACUUUGAGUUCAUCAAGUUUUGCACCUCUAGUCCUUUUAGUGAGCUCAUCUGUAAGACUCUAAACAUCACCUACCAGCUCAACUACUUCUCCAUGUCUGAGCCUGGCGUCGGACGCUUCCUGGUGUCCCUCUCUGUGCAGGGGGCCGUCUUCAAUAUUUUGUUGUUUGCCAUUGAGAUGCAGUGUGUCCGCACGCUUUGGCGACUCCUCACUUCCCUGGUCAGAAAACGAAAACAGUUGCCUCUAAUAGAGGAUGCAGCACUGCUUCCAGAGGACAGAGAUGUAGCUGAGGAGAGGAAGAGGGUUUUGGAGUGCCAGCCAGUUGUGGAGUCUAUGGUUGGAAGUCCCCUCAUCCUGCAGGAGCUCAGUAAGGUGUACAGCAGCGGGGGGAGUAUUCUGGCCGUGGACAGGUUGUCUCUCGCCGUGAGGAAGGGGGAGUGUUUUGGCCUUUUAGGCUUCAAUGGAGCAGGAAAGACCACAACAUUUAAGAUGCUGACAGGUGAUGAGAGUGUUACGUCUGGUGACGCCUUCAUUGAUGGUUACAGCAUCUUAAGGGACAUUAAGAAGGUGCAGCAGCGUAUAGGCUACUGUCCACAGUUUGAUGCAGUGCUGGACCACAUGACAGGAAGAGAGACUCUGAGUAUGUACGCCAGGCUCAGAGGAAUCCCAGAGAAGUACGUGUCUGGCUGUGUGGAGAAUGUCCUGAGGUCCCUGCUGCUGGAGCCUCAUGCUGAUAAAGUGGUCCGCAGCUACAGUGGUGGAAACAAGCGGAAGCUGAGUGCAGGCAUGGCUCUGAUUGGUGGACCUCCAGUCAUCUUCCUGGACGAACCUUCUACAGGAAUGGACCCAGUGGCGAGGAGGCUGCUGUGGGAUGCUGUUACACGCACUCGGGAGUCCGGCAAGGCCAUAAUCAUCACUUCUCACAGUAUGGAGGAGUGUGAGGCCCUGUGUACCAGGCUGGCAGUGAUGGUCAAUGGGCAGUUCAAGUGCCUCGGGAGCCCCCAACACCUGAAGAGCAAGUUUGGCAGUGGCUACACCCUGCUGGCUAAAGUGCACGUAGACGCUGACCUAGAGGACAGUGACCUGCUGCUGUUCAAAGACUUCAUUGAAAGCACCUUCCCAGGAAGUCAACUAAAGGAUGAGCACCAGGGGAUGGUUCACUACCAUUUGACAGACAAAACACUUACCUGGGCACAGGUGUUUGGUACCUUGGAGGCGGCCAAAGAGAAAUAUCGCAUUGAAGACUACUGCGUGAGCCAGAUUUCAUUGGAGCAAGUGUUCCUCAGCUUUGCCCAGUUCCAGCACUGUGCACAGACUGACAGAAAGUAGUUGGAGCCAAGAAUCUGUCGUCAGCCAUUUUCUGUGGAACCUUUGUGAAAGGACGUCAGUCAGGAGUGAACGAAGGAACGAGAAGGACGUAUAAUUAUCUAACUUGAACACCAAGUCACUGGUCCAGCCUCAAAUUUCAACAUUUCUUUGACUCCAUAACUUUUUACAGGCAAUGAUGUUAGCUGUUACUGUGCGAAGUUUGGUGAUGACAUCAUCAUGGCGUGUGAUGUUGAUCAAACAAAGUAAUGAACUCUGCACCUUUUUGUUAAACAUCCGCCAAACCACUACACUGAAAUGUGUGUGUGUGUGUGUGUGUGUGCGCGUGUGCAUGCGCGCCAAGUUAGGUUUUUAUUUAUGACUUUUAUUAUGUUUCCAAGCAUUUGUGCUUUAUGAUGAUGAUCACAAGAGGAAGAAUCACUCUUACUGAUGAUUGUGAAACCAUUGCACACCUUGUAGCCUUAUCUAUCAAUCAAGGGUUCUUUUUUUUUUUUUUUACGUUGCCUCUGGAGCUUCUUUUAAGCCUUUUAAUGCUAUUGUCAGAUUUUGUGACACAAUCGUUCGUGGUACAGAAACCUUUUAAGACUGUUUCUUAUGAACACACACGCAUAAAAGUGGAAUACUUUAAAGGCUACAAGCCGUCCCAGCUGAGGAUUAAUUUUCUGAGUGCUUUCAGUCCAUCCUGAGUACAGGACGUACGUCUCCUUUUUCACUUCUUGCAAUGUAAUGAAUCUGUGUUGCUGCCAAAGAUGCGACAGCAGCUGUGUGUGUGUGUGUGUGUGUGUGUGUGUGUGUGUGUGUGUGUGUGUGUGUGUGUGUGUGUGUGUGUGUGUGUGUGUGUGUGUGUGUGUGUGUGUGUGUGUGUGUGUGUGUGUGUGUGUGUGUGUGUGUGUGUGUGUGUGUGUGUGUGUGUGUGUGUGUGUGUGUGUGUGUGUGUGUGUGUGUGUGUGUGUGUGUGUGUGUGUGUGUGUGUGUGUGUGUGUGUGUGUGUGUGUGUGUGUGUGUGUGUGUGUGUGUGUGUGUGUGUGUGUGCGUGUGUGAAACCGUAAUAGAAAAUGCUAGCAUGUGAUGAAGGUGAUUAAUUUUAAUUCUGCAAAUAUCACAGUAAAAUUAAAAUUUUUAACUGGAUAAAUUAUUUUUCCAGUUACAUGACUGCAUCACUACUGAGAUAUUGCCUCAUUAAUAAUCGUAAAUGCACCUAGACAGUCCAACAGGUAAUGGUUGAUAAACUCUACAGGCAGAUGUUUAGUUGUGAGGAAGAAACAUCAACUCUAGUGUAAUAUUAAAUUUUUUAUUCAUGCAUUCUGUUGCUCAGUUCUCUGUAAAAAUCAUUCCUUCCUUUAUUUUACUGAACUUGUAAAAAUAUGUAUGUAGAAAUAUGUAAAUUUAAGGUUUCAAUGAAAUCAGUUCCACACCUUGAUCAGAAACCUUCAGGCACAGGUUCUGAGUUUCCACCAGAACUGAUGAUUUAAACAGGACUGAAUAUUUAGAUGAUUUUAAUGGUGUAAGAAUGACAUUCCUGCCUGCUGUUACUGGUCUCAUGAGCUUCCUUCAUUCUGCCCGAUGCGAACAAAACUAAACUCAUUACAGAUUGGCUUUUAACAAGAUAAUCAUCAUUUUGACUUUUGUAUGACUUGAAAACAGUUGCAACUGAAACAGAAACCUGCUGCUGGGUGUGCAUUAAUAAAGUUCAGCAGACAUGUAUGUGUCAUGUUUUAAAAGGGAAUUGACUUUAUUGUAAACUUGUACUGUACCAUGGAACUGAACCAGUUCUAUCUGUAUGCGUUCCUGUUUUUUUUUUAAAUUAAAUGACUCUCUAUGCAACCUAUGGAGAAAACCAUUAAGUCUGUUCAAAUGUAUUCUCUUGUUUUUCAGGGCUCAAAAAAAAGUAUAAGAACAAUAGAAUGUACGUCCCACGAAACCUUUCAAUAUCCUUUUCCAUGCUACAAAACUGUUUUUCCAUUUGCUUUUCAGAGGAAUAAAAAUGGACUCAGAAAACUA